AUGAAAUACAAGGAAGGCAAAUCCUUGGCAGAUCACUUGAACGAAAUUCAAGGGAUCGUGGAUCAGUUGUCCGGUAUGGGCAUAAAGAUGGAAGAUGAGGUCGUCGCUCUCCUCGUUCUGGCUUCCCUUCCAGAAUCUUGGGAGACGCUAAAAAUUUCACUUACCAACUCUACGAAAGAUGGAGUUAUCAACAUGGUGAUCGUCAAAAGCAGAGUUUCGAAUGAAGAGAUGCGGAAAAGAUCACAAGGUGCAUCCUCAUCAUCUUCCCAAUCAGACCUUUUGGCGGUGGAUUCUAGAAGCAGGGGAAGAAGUGAAGCGAGAGGAUCAAAGCAAAGAGGCAAGAGUCGAGAGAAGUCCAACAAGUUUGCCAACAUCCAUUGUCAUCACUGCAAGGAGAAGGGCCACAUUAGAAGAUUUUGUCCAAAGUUCAGAAACGAGAGAAUGAAGGGAAAACGAGAUGAGAACAGUGAUGAUGAUGGUGCAAACUCUGUUGAUGAGUUCAUUAUUGUCUACGAGGAAAAUGUUGUCAACCUGAUAACCCAGGAGACAAGCUGGAUGGUUGAUAGUGGUGCUAACAUCCACGUGACGUCCAAGAGAGAAUUUUUCUCAUCUUACACACCAGGUGACUUCGGUGUCGUAAGAAUGAGAAAUGGUAAUCUUUCCAAAGUUAUCGGAAAAGGAGAAGUCUGCUUGGAGACGAUGAAUGGUACGAAGAUGCUGCUGAAGGAUGUCAAGCAUUUUCCAGAAAUGCGCCUGAAUCUCAUCUCUGUAGACUAG